AUUGUCAAAUCGUUCCCACAUCUCCAUCAUCCAAAUCGCAUCCUUUCUCCUCCUCCUACACGUACGUUGGUGCCCCAGCUGGAACAAAAAUCCGCGUUUUAUUCCUCAACUCUUCUUCCGUCCGUGUGUGUGUCCCGACUCCUAAAAGCUCAGCUCAGCUGGUGCUUGCUCCGAUCAUUCGUCAACUCUUCCUGCCUGCGUGCGUGCGUGCGUGCGUGAUUCAGUGGCUGAGAGCUUAGCCUUGGUGCUUCGAUCGAUCAUGGCGGGCGUGGCCGUGGCGCGGCCGCUGCUGCUUCUGCUGCUGCUCGCCGUCGUCGGGCUUCCGGCGGCCUGGGCGCUCGGGGUGAACUGGGGCACGAUGGCGUCGCACCAGCUGCCGCCCAGCACCGUGGUGCGGAUGCUGCAGGACAAUGGCAUCAGGAAGGUGAAGCUGUUCGACGCCGACGCGGAGCCGCUGGGCGCGCUCGCCGGCUCCGGCAUCGAGGUCAUGGUGGCCAUCCCCAACAACAUGCUCGACAUGAUGACCGACUACGACACCGCCAGGGAGUGGGUGCACAAGAACGUCAGCGCCUACAACUUCGACGGCGGCGUCAACAUCCGAUACGUUGCCGUCGGGAAUGAGCCGUUUCUGUCGUCCCUGAAUGGCACGUUUCUGAACGUCACGUUCCCGGCCCUGCGCAACAUCCAGCAGGCGCUCGACGAGGCCGGCGUCGGCGACACCGUCAAGGCCACCGUGCCGUUGAACGCCGACGUGUACGAGUCCCCAAAGGACAACUCGGUGCCGUCGGCCGGGCGGUUCCGGCCGGAGAUCGCCGGCCUGAUGACGGAGAUCGUGCAGUUCCUGAACCAGAGCGGCGCGCCCUUCACCGUCAACAUCUACCCCUACCUCAGCCUCUACGGCAACGACGACUUCCCGCUCGACUUCGCCUUCUUCGACGGUGCCAGCAGCCCCGUGGUCGACGGCAGCAUCCAGUACACCAACGUGUUCGACGCCAACUUCGACACCCUGGUGUCGGCGCUCGCCAAGGCCGGCGUGGGCGGCCUGCCCGUGGUCGUCGGCGAGGUGGGUUGGCCGACCGACGGCGAGAAGCACGCCACGGCCGCCUACGCGCAGCGCUUCUACGCGGGGCUGUUCCGCAAGCUGGCGGGCAACGCCGGCACGCCACUGCGGCCCAACCAGUACAUGGAGAUCUACCUCUUCAGCCUGAUCGACGAGGACGUGAAGAGCAUCGCGCCGGGCAACUUCGAGCGCCACUGGGGCGUGAUGCGCUACGACGGCCAGCCCAAGUACGCCAUGGACCCGACGGGGCAGGGCCGGAACACGGCGCUGACGGGGGCCAGGGGCGUGGACUACCUCCCGCGGGCGUGGUGCGUCCUCAACACCAACUCGCCGCCGGAGAACAUGAGCAGGCUCGGCGACAACGUCGGCUACGCCUGCACCAACGCCGACUGCACCUCGCUCAGCUACGGGUCGACGUGCAACGGCAUGGACGCCGCCGGCAACGCCUCCUACGCAUUCAACACCUACUUCCAGAUGCAGGACCAGGGCGAGGAGGCGUGCGGCUUCGACGGGCUCGCCGUGCGCACGCGGCAGGACCCCUCCACCGGCACAUGCAACUUCACCAUACAGCUCGAGAACACCUCCGCGGCGGCGGGGCGCCGGCGCGGGCCGGCAGCAUUAACCUUGACGAUGGCCUUGGUUCUUGUUGCGGCCAUGGUGACCGCGCUCUGAGUCCGAAUCUGAAACUGAAUCUGAUUGAUGCGGUGCUAGUUAGUAAUUGGAAGCAAUUAAUGACAACAGCUAGCUAGAGGUUACACGCUUGUAGUUGUAGAUAUUCUUUUCGUUUGUAUUUACGUUAGUCACGUGUGUGUUAAGAUUGUGCAGAGGCGUCUACUGUAGUAGUACGAUCACACGAGGCCACAGACCACGGGAUUCCAUGGCUUUAUAUAGAUAUACAGUCUAUCCAA